GUUUUGGAGAAGCAGCAGGAGUGUCUUUUAUUCCUGUUUAUACCUGGACACUGUUGUCGGACUCCUCUAUUUGCUGAGCUGGCCCAGGAGCUCCCAGGACGGAGAGCGACUAGCUGACCAUGUUUAACGGGGAGACGAGUUCCUCCUCUGCUAAAAAUGUGGUUCGCAGCUCCAGCAUCAGCGGCGAGAUGUACAACGUCGAGAAGAGCAGUGGGGGCAACCCAGACUCUGCUAGCAUCACCUCCAACAAGAAGAGGCGCUCGAGCCUCGGGGCCAAGAUGGUGGCUAUCGUGGGGCUGUCCCAGUGGAGCAAGAGCACCUUGCAACUCAACCAACCCGACGGCGGCCCAAAGAAGCUGCGCAGUAACAUCCGGCGGAGCACAGAAACUGGCAUCGCUGUGGAGAUGAGGAACAGGAUCACCCGGCAGGGCAGCCGGGAAUCGACCGACGGCAGCACCAACAGUAAUAGCUCCGAUGGCACAUUCAUUUUCCCCAUGACCCGGCUGGGAGCCGAGAGCCAGUUCAGUGACUUUUUAGACGGGCUCGGGCCGGCGCAGAUUGUUGGCCGGCAGACACUGGCGACGCCUCCGAUGGGUGAUGUCCACAUUGGGAUGAUCGACAGGAGCGGGCAGCUGGAGGUGGAGGUGAUCCAGGCCAGGGGCCUCACCCCAAAGCUGGGUUCCAAGUCCAUCCCUGGAACUUAUGUUAAAGUUUAUCUGCUGGAGAAUGGGACCUGCCUGGCCAAGAAGAAGACCAAGAUGGCCAAGAAGACCUGGGACCCGUUCUACCAGCAGGCGCUGCUCUUUGACGAGGGUCCACAGGGCAGAGUUUUGCAGGUGAUUGUCUGGGGAGAUUAUGGCCGCAUGGACCACAAGUGCUUCAUGGGAAUGGCGCAGAUUGUCUUGGAAGAACUGGAUCUCUCCAACAUGGUCACAGGCUGGUACAAACUCUUCCCCACUUCCUCGCUGGCGGACUCCACCAUCGGCCCUCUGACGCGUCGCCUCUCCCAGUCCUCUCUAGAUAGUUCUACAAGUCCUUCUUGCCCCUAAGGGGCAGGGCUUAGGGCACGGGUGGGAGGGAGGGAAGGAAACAAGCUGGCCUACCAAAACCUUUGGUGGAACAGCUGUAAAUAUUCUGUGUCUGGUUUGGUU